UUUCAGCUCUCGUAAAGCAUCUCGGGCUCGAGUCGCUCCGUUGAACCUUGAACGAUGACGAAGUCAUCUGUACAUACACAUGCCUCACUAGUUGCGCUGACCACCACUCGAUCCAGUUCUAGGUCCACCUCUAAUACCCAGUCCAGUCCUAGAACUCCCAGUACAGGCACGACCUCCAGCUCUAGCUCCAGUUAUGCAAGCGCGACUAUCACAAAUUCCUCAAGCUCUUCCCGGAAAACUGAAGUGCUUAGCACUGGAGCGCGAGCUGGAAUAGGAUUUGGGAUAGCAUUAUUUUUGCUAUUAUCCCUACUUCUGUUUUACUACUUGAAGAGACUAUAUCAGAGGACCCGGGAGAAAGCUGAUUAUAAGCCUGCCCCUUCGUCAUCGGAAGGGGGAGGAAGCCUUCUACCUCCACCUCGGCUGGAUGCUGCAUAUCCAAAUUCCCAAUGGCCAUUCGCACCACCCGCUCGCCCUUCCUCGUACUAUUCUCCAAUAUAUUCGAUACCCUAUGAAACUUCAGGCAAUAGUGGCUAAUUUGAGUGCGCCAGCGGCCGAUAAUUCAAGCAACUCUCAUCCUGGGCGUCAGUCGUUGGCGCCUCGUGCAGAUAUGACUCGACAUCAGAAUGAACUCGAAGAAAGGAAACGAAAAUUUUAUGAGGUUCAAGAACCGCACUACCCUCCGUCGACUCAAUAUUCUUUUUGAAUGUCAUCCACGCGCACUGGCAAUGUGUCACGAUAAUC